CGACCAAAUUUGUUACCCAGAAUUCCUUUCGGCCGCCCUUUUCCGCCAUCUUUAUUGCCGUAUCCAGCAGAUUUCCUUGACAAAGGGUCAAAAUGCCUGGAAGGUUGUGGUGCAAGGCAAUCUUUGCUGGAUACAAGCGUGGCUUGAGGAACCAACGUGAGCAUACAGCACUGCUUAAAGUAGAGGGAGUCUACACCCGUGAUGAAGUGGACUUUUACCUGGGAAAACGAUGCGCUUAUGUCUACAAGGCGAAAAAAACUACAGUGACCCCAGGUGGGAAGCCCAAUAAGACCCGUGUUAUCUGGGGUAAAGUCACACGUGCUCAUGGAAACAGCGGCAUGGUGCGUGCCAAGUUCACGAGCAACCUGCCACCCAAAGCCAUUGGCCACAGGAUACGCGUGAUGCUGUACCCCUCCCGUGUCUAAUGGACAUCCCAAAAUAUUUGUUAAUUAUAAUUAUACUUAAAGUUCAUUAAAUAUAAUUAUAAUUGGUAA